ACCCCCGACUGCCCGCCCCUGCCGGAAGUGACACACAGUGGGGUUGCCGGAAGAAGUGGCGAAGUUACUUUUGAGAAGCCCGGAGCGGCGGUGGCCUCCAGGGGACACGGACGAGGAGAAGGAGAAGCAGAGUAAGGGGGGGACGGGCGCAGCUCGCGUCGCCCCCGGCUGUUUCCAGGGCAACCGGAGCCGAGACCCCGCGAGAGACCGCCCACGAGACCCUCGCGCGCAGCCAUGAGCCCCGCCCCCCACUGGUGUUUGGAGAGGGGCGGGACCUGGAGAGAGGCUGCUCCGUGACCCCACCAUGUCCACCCCUACCUCGAGUUCCCAGGAUACCCCCUUGCCUGGGAAUGUGCCCCCUCCGCCCAGCGCGCCCUCUUCUAAGCCCGUUGUGAAGGAGGAGCGUCCUGAGCCGUGGCCGGGGGGCCCGGACCCUGAUGUCCCGGGCAGAGAUGGGGUCGGCUCAGCCUGCAGCGUGGUCACCCCGGACCCCGCGGAGGAGCCGGAGCGCAAGCGGAAGAAGGGCCCGGCGCCCAAGAUGCUGGGCCACGAGCUGUGCCGCGUGUGCGGGGACAAGGCCUCCGGCUUCCACUACAACGUGCUCAGCUGUGAGGGCUGCAAGGGGUUCUUCCGGCGCAGCGUGGUCCGCGGCGGGGCCGGCCGCUACGCCUGCCGCGGCGGCGGCUCCUGCCAGAUGGACGCCUUCAUGCGGCGCAAGUGCCAGCAGUGCCGGCUGCGCAAGUGCAAGGAGGCCGGGAUGAGGGAGCAGUGCGUCCUCUCCGAGGAGCAGAUCCGCAAGAAGAAGAUUCGGAAGCAGCAGCAGCAGCAGCAGCAGCAGCAGUCACCGGCCACGCCUGGCGUCAGCAGCGGCUCGGCCUCGGGGCCCGGGGCCUCCCCCGGAGGGUCGGACGGCGGCGGCGGCCAGGGCCCCGGGGAAGGCGAGGGUGUCCAGCUGACGGCUGCCCAGGAACUGAUGAUCCAGCAGUUGGUGGCGGCCCAGCUGCAGUGCAACAAACGCUCCUUCUCCGACCAGCCCAAAGUCACGCCCUGGCCGCUGGGCGCAGACCCCCAGUCCCGCGAUGCCCGCCAGCAGCGCUUCGCCCACUUCACGGAGCUGGCCAUCAUCUCAGUCCAGGAGAUCGUGGACUUUGCCAAGCAGGUGCCCGGCUUCCUGCAGCUGGGCCGCGAGGACCAGAUCGCCCUCCUGAAGGCGUCUACCAUUGAGAUCAUGCUGCUGGAGACGGCCCGACGCUACAACCAUGAGACGGAGUGCAUCACCUUCCUGAAGGACUUCACCUACAGCAAGGAUGACUUCCACCGCGCAGGCCUGCAGGUGGAGUUCAUCAACCCCAUCUUCGAGUUCUCGCGGGCCAUGCGGCGGCUGGGCCUGGACGACGCGGAGUACGCCCUCCUCAUCGCCAUCAACAUCUUCUCCGCCGACCGGCCCAACGUGCAGGAGCCGGGCCGCGUGGAGGCGCUGCAGCAGCCCUACGUGGAGGCGCUGCUCUCCUACACGCGCAUCAAGCGGCCGCAGGACCAGCUGCGCUUCCCCCGCAUGCUGAUGAAGCUGGUGAGCCUGCGCACGCUCAGCUCCGUGCACUCGGAGCAGGUCUUCGCCCUGCGGCUCCAGGACAAGAAGCUGCCGCCUCUGCUGUCUGAGAUCUGGGACGUCCACGAGUGAGGGUGCGCAGCCCCGCCCGCAGCCCCUGCGCCCUCCGACGGCCGGACGUGGCCACGCCUCCUCCGCCUCCUGGGUGGGGUUGCGGGGAGCCGAGCCUCGGGGCCGCCUUGUGGCCUGGAGCACAAGCCCUGGCCCCGCCAGCCCUCAGCCCUCCGGAGCAGCCCGGUCAGGGUCCAGGAGGCUCCCUCCCUGCCCACUGAGUCUUCCUGGGAAGGUGUGGACGGGGCGCCGGCCCUGACCUCUGACCUCUCCAAGCACUUCCGGCUGCUCUCCCCGCCCAGCUUGUACUCAAGCCCACUGCGCAGUGCACCUUGAACGGAGGGAGGGGAGGCCCGUGGCUCUCCCACAGCACGAGAGACCACAGGUCCCCUCUCCUUCUGCUUUUAUUUAAUAAAAACGAAAAGAAAAACCCGCACACACAAAAAAAAUGGGAAAAUAAAAUAUGAAUAGAAACCUG